UGAACGGAACAACUUCCGGCUUCUAAACCGCUCAGCCAGCGGAAAUCAUCAUUAAACUCGGCGGAACUAAUCCGCGCAUCGUUCCACUCAAUUUUGUUUCUUUUAUCGACGUUCAGCAUAUUUUAUCUUGAAGUUAUUUUGGGGGAAAACGUGCGAAAUUCACGUCGGGUGUCUCGAUUAUGGUGUAAACAGGACAGUUCAGUCACUCUGACAGCGGCAGGUGUGUGAGGGUUUGUAUGUUGGUCUGUGGGUAUGCUGACGUUAGCCAGUAAGCUGAAGAGGGAGGAGGGCGUGAGGGCCGGCCGGACCCCUGCAGGCUCUAACGAUGCCGCUCAUAGAGUGUCCAUCAGAGAUCGACUGCUUAUCAAAGAGGUUGCAGAACUUGAGGCCAACCUUCCAAGUACAUGUAAAGUUACGUUUCCUGAUGAAAACAAACUCUGUCACUUCCAGUUGGCCAUUUCUCCAGAUGAAGGCUAUUACCUUGGUGGAAAGUUUCAGUUUGAGAUCGAAGUUCCUGAAGCCUAUAAUAUGGUGCCUCCUAAAGUCAAGUGCUUGACUAGAAUAUGGCACCCGAACAUUGCAGAAACGGGUGAGAUUUGUCUGAGUUUAUUGCGAGAGCAUUCAAUCGAUGGUACUGGAUGGGCACCCACUCGUACUCUAAAGGAUGUAGUAUGGGGACUGAAUUCACUCUUCACUGAUCUUCUUAACUUUGAUGACCCACUGAAUAUAGAUGCAGCAGAGCAUCAUUUAAGAGAUAAGGAGGAUUUCAGGAACAAAGUUCAGGACUUCAUCAAAAACUAUGCAAGAUGAUGUGUGUCUGCCACGGGAGCCACUCUCGCAUGCAUGUGACCGAUGUACGUCGAUCAAGACUGCAACCGAGGCAAAAUCUCAUUAUUAAAACAUACUUCGGGGGGGAAAGAAGCAAGUUAAAAUGCGUGACGAAUGACACCGCAAGUCACUGCUCAAGAUAUUUGGGAAGGAUCUGGGCCACACUGUCCAUUUACAAUGGCUUAUUAUUAUUAUUUGGGUAUUAUUUUUGAAAGAUCUUCUCAAACAACUUUGCUUUUACUAGCCCCUCGAUAAAGAAAAGAAAAGAAAAAAAAACGUACAAAGAUGGUGAUCAUGAAAACAAGGCCGUGCAGCCUUUCUGAUGUCACCUCCUAUAUUCUAUAGUGCCUCUGUGUUUUUGCCACAUAUAACUGGACAUCGUAUGCCAACUUCUGCAGCCUGCUUCCUCUCAAAACUUGACAAACUACAAACACUGAGAUUAAUUUGUUCAUAAGUGAUGUCAUAGAAAUCCCAAAGCUCCAUUGGUUUGUUUGUUCGCUCUGGGGGAGGAGUCCAGCAAUGAGGAAACUGAAAGAAGAAGAAAAAAAACAUACAGCACUGAUGUCAAGCAGAAAAUAUCGGUGGUUAUUCGGACGGAUUCUGUAAAGCCAUUUCUUUGAAACUCGGCACGUCCCGUCAUGUAAAGUCACCGCCGUUAUCAGACUACUCUGUAUCACAUGUGCACACGCGCAAAUAUCACAAUAUCUGUGGGUGCCUCUGAGUUACCAAACUGUUUUAGUUCAGUUCUAAUCUGUGAGAAGUUUGUGGGUGAUUCUCAUGAACGUUCAGCUCACAUUUUCACCCUGAAAUCGAAGAGGAAAGUCAAAUAAAUAUAUUUUCCUUUAAAUUAAGAUUGUUUUUUUUAUGAAAUACCAAGCAUGCUUUUCCCCAAAUUCAACUAUAAUAUAUAUAUAUAUAUUUUCUGCAUUACAGCAAUGCAAAUUUUGGGGAACAUGAUGCUUAACUGUUAACAUUCUUAUCAUGGCUUAUUACUUUAGAUUUUGGGGUGAAAUAUUACCUGGAUGUGUUCUGAAUCGGCUUCAUGAGAUUCACCUGUUGCUCUUGUAUGCAUUUUUUGUCAGUGUAUACACGUUCAGCUUUACCGAUGUGUGCAUGUUCACGAGAUUACUUGUAUGCUAGUAUUGUGUUUGUGUGACGGUGAGAGUAUGUGUGUGUGUUUGAGCGAGAGUGACUGGAGAUUUUAAAACGUGUCUGAUCUGGUAGCAUGCACUGGGCUACUGAACCGCUCAGCCAUAAAGCCUGUUCAAUUAGUGAGGAUAUAUUUUAUUUAAUUUGACUUUUUUUUUCUCCUUAGAGGUGUAUAUCCAUUUGUAAAAUAUAUUAAAGAGGAGUUCUACCACUAA